AUGGCCAUAGGUCCCACUGUUGCAGCGCCGAUAUUUUACACACCCAUGCCGAUGCCCCGUAGCCCAGACGUGCCCCGAUUCAGAGGCAGGCAGAUCAUCGAGUUCCUUAGCAAAUACGAGUCACUGGCUGACGCGGCACUUUUCACGGAAGCUCAGAAAUGCGAUUUUCUGACCACUUACUGCACUGAGAAGGAAGUGAGGUUCAUUUCCAUGCUGGAUGGUUUCGAAAACCCAAAUUGGGUGUUGCUCAAGAAAGACCUGCUGGACUUUUAUGGCGUUGACGAAGAACCCUUAUUUUGCCUCAAGGAUCUCCACAAGUUCGUAGAAAAAGGUCGCAAGAUGAAGACCUUUGAUCACCUUGACCGAUAUUUGUGCAAGUUCGAAGCCAUUUCCAAGUCCUUAGAGGCACAGGGUGCCCUCACUGUCAUUGACCGCGAUGAUUUGUUUUACCGUGGAUUUCCGUCAAAGUUCAGACGGGAGCUCAAGUACGAACUCAGGGCUCAAGGUCUUUGGUCAGACUUGACCCGACCACCGCGCAUGAAUGAUGUUGUAGCCGUUGCACAGGAGCUGCUCCGAGGCGACCUAUACGAUGUUGACUUCACUGUGAAGUCCGAGCGACGCCCAUGUUCCAGAAAGGACAGUGACGAUGAGCCAGUCGAUGACUUGGCGGACCGUGGAAGUGACAGCGCCAGCUUGUGUCAGAUGGCAGAUUCCACGGAUUUGGAGUUAGUGGCCAAACGAUAUGAAGCCCAGCACCUAGAGGGCUCAGUUCCCCAUGAGGAAGCCUUGCCACCACGUAGGCAUAUCCCAGCGCUCCAAGAAUGGGUGGAUGACGAAAGCCGCAAGACGAUGUUGAUGCAUGUUGCAUAUCCCAGUUGCGAUGUCCCCGAGUCCAAGUUGUGCGAAGUCCCGGCAGUUCCCUUGGUGCUAGUUGGAGUCGAAGUUGAAGUUGAAGUCAGAAGCGCAGCGCUUCCAACUGAAUUGAGUCAUGUUUGCACCGAGCCGAUCGUUGUACCCACCCAUUACGAGUCUGGAUCAGGGUUCAGCACUAAGAAUCUAGAAGCUAGCGAUUGUGACCAACUAGGGAGCCGUGUCGAAGUACCGGAGCUAGAAGCGAAAGAGCUUAGGCCUAUCGGCCUUGAACGCAUCUCAGAUCCACCAGUUUGCGAAGUCACCUUAGCUCCUCAGACCUCAGAUUGGGCUGAGACCGCUCAUACGUGCUCAAGCAAAGCCAGACUGCCUCAGCCAACAGAGGUGAUAGCGCGCGCUGACAAGAAAGAGCCGAAUGACUUAAGUGCGACGACUUUAAACUCACGACCUUUUUGGCCCGCUCCCGGUCUUGGAAUUUACUCAGGAUCUGGAAUGGCGACGAUCCGAUAUGACUCCCAGCGAUCCUAUGGCGGCCAGUGA